GGCAAGGGGAGGGAGCAGGAGCAAAUAAUGAAUGCAAACUUGUAAUGGCUUGACCAAUGGAGUAAUGGAGCUGAUGAGAAGGGUGGCUUGCUUUUAAUUUGUUGCAGGAAGAGGUUGGUGGAGAAAAGCAACCAGAAAGAGAGGAAGGGGAAUGAGAGAGAGGAAGAGUAGCAGGGGUUGGUAUGUGUUCACUUAAAAGGGGGUUUGGGGAUCUGGGUUCUGUUGAGAUGGGGGAAGAUCUGUUCUUUUGGCUGCUCUGAGUCUGAGGGGCUUAAAAUAGGGCUCUUGGGACUUGUUUUUUUGGACGCUUUUUUCUGAUUUUUUUUCUUUGGAUUCUUUGGUUCGUGCACGAUCUCAGCUCUGUUUUCUUUUCUUUUGAAUGGGGUUCGGGUGUUAGGGUUUCGGAGGCGUCUGUAGAAGGGGGUAAAAGCCUUUGAUUUGAAUCCACUGUUUUGGGUUUGGCUCUUGGACUUCUCGAGCUGAUAAGAAAAGGAGAAAAGGGAGUUUUGGAAUCAAAAUCCAAUCUUGCUCCAUUUUGCUUCUUUUUCUCUGCUUUCUUCUCUUCUUUAUCUCUGAAUGGGGUUUUGAUCCUCUCAAAGUUGUCAUCUUUGGGGAUUUCGUCAAUGGGAAUCUCUGGUUCCCGGGUUUGAAUGCCCUUUUUUCUUUGUUCUUUCCAAAAGUCCUCAAACUGCGUUAAAAGUAAGGGAAUGUUGAAUCUCUGGGGGCUUCCUUCCCUCCUUUUUCCCUAAUCCCCACCCCACCGUUUCAAGUUUCGAUUUUUAAACGAAAGCUUGGAUUUUGACCCCCUUCGUGUCCUCUACGAUUUGGGUUUUGAUCCAAAUUUGAUGGUCUCGUGAGGAGCUUGGAAGGAGCAGCAUACAUGCAUCUGUCACUAUGGAAGCCGAUAUCCCACUGCGCCGCCCUUAUCCUGGAGAAGAAGAACCGGUGGCGGGACGGGUCCUCCGGCUUGUCCGAGGAGGACAAGCGGCGGCCGUCGAUGCUCCGGCGGCUGCAGGAGAGCAAGCUCCGGGAAGCCCUCGAGGAGGCCUCCGAGGAUGGCUCCCUCUUCAAGUCCCAGGACGUCGACUCAGAGCCCUUCGGCAACCCCGAUGACGGCUCGAUCGGCCGGUCGAGAUCCCUCGCCCGCCUCCACGCCCAGCGAGAGUUCCUCCGAGCAACCGCCCUCGCCGCGGAGCGCACCUUCCACGCAGCCGAUGCCAUUCUCGACCUCGACGAGGCCUUCUCCAAGUUCCUCACCAUGUAUCCUAAGUACCAGUCUUCCAGCCAGAUCGACAAAUUGAGAUCCGAGGAGUACUCUCACCUCUCCGAUGCCGGCGCCAAGGUAUGCCUCGACUACUGUGGCUUUGGCCUCUUCUCUAACCUCCAGAGCUUUGAGAACUGGGAAUCCUCUGCUUUUAGUCUAUCAGAGAUCACUGCCAAUUUGAGCAACCAUGCUCUCUAUGGUGGUGCCGAGAAGGGCACUGCCGAACAUGAUAUCAAGACCAGGAUAAUGGACUAUUUGAAUAUUCCCGAGAACGAGUAUGGUCUGGUCUUUACUGUUAGCAGAGGUUCUGCAUUUAAAUUGCUUGCUGAAUCUUAUCCAUUUCACACAAACAAGAAGCUGUUGACAAUGUUUGACCAUGAGAGCCAGUCUGUGAAUUGGAUGGCUCAGAGUGCAAAGGAGAAGGGUGCAAAGAUAUGCAGUGCAUGGUUCAAAUGGCCGACGCUUAAGAUCUGUUCCACGGAGUUGAGGAAGCAGAUCUCAACCAAGAAGAGGAGGAAGCGGGAUUCGGCUGCUGGUCUCUUUGUGUUCCCAGUUCAGUCUAGAGUUACUGGAGCUAAGUAUUCUUAUCAGUGGAUGGCAUUGGCACAGCAGAAUAAUUGGCAUGUGUUGCUUGACGCUGGUUCUUUGGGUCCCAAGGACAUGGAUUCACUCGGGCUGUCCCUUUUCCGGCCAGAUUUCAUUAUAACAUCGUUCUACAAGGUGUUCGGGUCCGACCCAACAGGUUUUGGAUGCCUCCUUAUCAAGAAGUCAGUGAUGGGAAGCUUGCAUAACCCAAAUGGCAGCACUGGUUCGGGAAUGGUGAGGAUUGUUCCGGUGUUUCCCCAGUAUUUGAGUGACUCUGUGGAUGGUCUUGAUGUAUUGGAUGGGCUUGAAGAUAAGACAGUCAAUGGAAAUGAUGAAUCAUUGCAGUCUGAUGCACACCAAGGAUCCCGAUUGCCAGCUUUCUCCGGUGCAUUCACAUCAGCUCAAGUAAGAGAUGUGUUCGAAAGUGAGAUGGAUCAUGAUAACAGCUCUGACAGAGAUCAGGCGAGUAUCAUCUUUGAGGAGACAGAGAGCAUUUCUGUUGGGGAGGUCAUGAAAAGCCCAGUUUUUAGCGAGGAUGAGUCAUCAGAGAACUCCUUCUGGAUUGAUCUGGGCCAGAGCCCGUAUGGGUCGGACAAUUCAGGUCAGUUGCACAAGGGGAAGUUGGGAUCUCCACUACCACCUACUUGGUUUGCUGGGAGGAAAAACCAUAAGAAGGUAUCGCCAAAAAUGGUAUCCAAGAUACCAAAGAGCCCAAUUGAAGAUGAUCAUGUGUUAUCUUUUGAUGCAGCUGUCUUGUCUGUCUCACAAGAACUAGACCGUGUUAAGGAAGAUCUUGAAGAAGAGCAUCCAGAAAAAGGCCGAAUGAAUGCAGAUUUCCAGAAUAUCAGUGAGAUUCAGGAAGAGCCUGAAACCAAAGAAGCAGCAGGCACACGAGCUGUAAAGUUUGCUACUGCCAAUGGAAUGAAAACCGGCAUCUCGGCUUCUGUGUUUGGGUGCCACAGUAGUCAUGAGAAUGGUUCAACAUCUGAAAUAUGCCCAGAUGGCCGUGUUAAGGCAAAAGAAAGUGCCAUAAGAAGGGAAACAGAAGGUGAGUUUCGGCUGUUGGGAAGGAGAGAAGGAAAUAAUAACAGAUUUGCUGGAGGUAGGUUUUUCGGUGUGGAAGAGAGUGAAGGGGUCACAAGCAUGGGACAUAGGGUAUCCUUCAGCAUGGAGGACAGCAAGCAUGCAGAAAGAUUAUAUCAUACUUCAGAUGCUGGUGAAGCAUCUACGCAUGCACUGGGUGAUGAUGAUGCCAUAAGUGAUGGUGAUGAUGAGGAUGCUCAAGAGUGGAACAGAAAGGAACCUGAAAUAAUUUGUAGGCAUCUUGAUCAUGUGAACAUGCUGGGUCUCAACAAAACCACGCUUAGAUUGCGCUAUCUGAUCAAUUGGCUGGUUACCUCAUUACUGCAGUUGCGCUUUCCAGAUGCAGGUGGGGGCAAUGGCCUGCCUCUUGUCCAAAUCUAUGGUCCAAAAAUCAAGUAUGAAAGAGGUGCAGCUGUGGCAUUCAGUGUGAAGAAUAGCAGUGGAUCGCUGGUUAACCCAGAAAUUGUUCAAAGGCUGGCUGAGAAGAAUGGCAUUUCUUUGGGCAUCGGCUUUCUUAGUCAUAUAAGGGUCAUGGAAAACCAGAAACAAUUACAUGGAGCAGUGGAUUUGACUGAUACUUCAUUCUGCCGGCCUACAUCAAAUGGUCGCCAUGACAGUAAAAUUAAGAAUGCUGCUAUCAGAGUGGAGGUUGUUACCGCUUCCCUUGGGUUCCUCACAAACUUUGAAGAUGUGUACAGGAUGUGGGCUUUUGUGGCCAAAUUUUUGGAUCCAGCCUUUCUUGAAAGUGAUAGACUAUCCACAGUUGUGGAGGAAUCAAAAACAUAGCCAUCAGAAUUUGGUAUGCAGAUUCUGUCAAACUUCUAGGGAGGCCUGUAGCCUCCUGGACAGCUCGAACAUAAAAGAAUAAUCAUGAAUGCUGGUAAUGGUUUGUUUUGGGGAUGCAGCAACAGAACCACACGGGUAGUUUAACUUUUCAUCUGUUUGUUUUGCAUCCCAGAGUUUUCCCAUCUGAAAGGGGUGAUAGCUUAUGGUUCCGCAGGUGAACUUGUUUAUUCUUGGCCUGUUCCUUGGAUAUGUAUCAUUUUGUUUCAUGUAGAGUUUGCUUGAGAGCUAUGUAUCACCCAGUUGCCAAUGGAGCACCUUUUCAGUCGAGUAUGUUUGUAAAGCAGAAGUGAAUGGGCAGGAAACAGUUCUGCAACAUUGUAAGAUUCUCAUGGCUCAUAUAUUAAGAUGAAUCAAGCAAUUUUUCCCCCCUUUCUUUCCA